AAAUACGAAGACUUAAAGAACUCGCUGCCCAACUUUGGCUACCUAAAAAAUUAUUUACCUCGAGAGUCGGAAGUGCAAUCGUUGUUCGCUUCCAUAAGGGAGUCGCUUUCACGUACUUCAGAUGAUUCACCGGCAAGAAAGGAGUCUGAAAAGGUAAUGGAAGAACUUAGGAAAGAGCUGAUUAAGACAAAGCUUCAGUACCAGAAGUCCGUCCGCGAACUCCAAUCCGAAAUAAAAUCUUUACGUACGCAACUACUUCUCAGGUACCAAAAAACGUCGCAACCCGAUCGCAUUAAGAAAACGUUAAUUGAAAUGUAUUCAGAAGUCUUGGACGAACUGUCUAGCCUGGAUACCGAGUACAACGCUCAGGACCACCUUCCGAGAGUCGUUGUCGUCGGUGACCAAAGCUCUGGCAAAACCUCGGUGCUCGAGAUGAUUGCCCAGGCGCGCAUAUUUCCUCGGGGAUCCGGCGAGAUGAUGACACGAUCGCCAGUUAAAGUCACUUUGUCAGAGGGUCCGUAUCACGUCGCUUCCUUUAGUGACUCAACCAAAGAGUAUGAUCUCACCAAUGAGCACGAACUGGCCAGCCUACGGAACGAGAUAGAGGUACAUGAAGUUGGAAAGCCUUAA